AUGCUCGAUCUCGAAGGACUCACCUAUGAAGAUAUCGCCAAGUUGAACCCCUUCUAUGAGGAGUACAGAACCUUUUGGGACUACUCUCGCGACAUAUCCGACCACUCGCUGUGUCCGGGUGCCUUGUGCCACUCAACCUCUCUUCCGUCGUUUGCCUCUAGCUCAGACUUAUCUGCGCCCGAUGAUAUGGCUGUCUCUCCAUUGUUUUGUCCUAGGGCCCUUCCAGACAGUCCAUUCCCGAAAAAUCCCCUGAGCCCCAAGCCCGUAUUCCACAGUGGUGGUCAGUACAGGCCUACCUUUGACGAAAGUCGCGAUCUUGAGUCGAGCCAGGUUGCGAUCGUUGAUGACGAAGAAGGCAUGGGCAGACCGUUAUCUCCCGUCCUCGAAUGCACAGAAGACCUUGAGACGGGCCAGGCACUUGAUCCUGUCAAUCAUGCGCUUGGCAACGUGAGGUCUUCGCACAAGCAGCUUUUCGGCACAAAUGGCUGGCUGGGUUGCACUGCCGAGCUGCCUCCUCCCACUACGCCGAAGUACAAGAAAGUAAUCGGUCUUGGAAAGAAGUUCAAGCAGCACAUGGAAGAUAUCGCCACUGACAUGGCCAAAGCACAUCCACUCCCACUCCAGCUCCCAAUCCCACUCCCCUUCAACGCCUCCCGAGAGUCGAAAGUACUGCCAAAGUCGACAGUUGCCAUCUCAUUAGAUCCCACCACCCAAGCCAAGCUAUACUCCGAGAUUGAAGUGAUGAUCUGCGUCAGCGCCAACCAAUUCCUCGUCCAACAACACGACGAAGGCCGCAUAUCGAAAGAGUCCAUCAAAAAGGUCAACAACUUCUGGGGUUCCAAGAACAGGCCGAAGGUUGUCGAGUUCCAGUUUGACCAAGCCACCCAGCGCCAGCUGAUCCUAUCCAACAUUCGCACCAUGAAUUUCAAUGGAGAAAGCUCAACCAAUCCAGUAACUCUUCAUUCGAAUCUCCAGAAUUGGAAAGCUGUCGUCAAGGAAAUGAGCGUCCGGACCUUCUGUUCACCUGACAGUGUCAUCCGUAAACACAUGCAUGACAUCCAGAAGCUUCUUGACAUGUUGGGCGCUCCAGUCGCCACCUUCCUUGCCUUCGAAGAGCUGCAGAUGCGGACACUUCUUUUGAUGAAGGAGCAGAGGACAAAAAGGUAUCUCACCGAGCGUGGGCUCAGCGUAUCGUCGGGUCCUGGCUCGUCUGGUCCAAGCACGUCGCCGAGGACAAGCUAUUCAUCUCACUGA